AUAAUAAUUGCAUAUAUAAUUCCUUUUGGAUGCUGGAUGUGGUCAAAAUUUAAUCUUACAAUAAAAGAUGACUAUGCGUUAAUUAAAAUUGAAAGUCCUCUGUAAACAAUUUAGGAAUAGCCAUUUUGAAUUCAUCUUCCGGUGAUAAAAGAUAACCUCUUAACCUUAACAAUGUUUCUAUAAAGUUGUAUUCAUCGAUUGCUGUUCAGUUGCAAAGAUCAAAAUGUUCAGUGUUAAGGUUGGAAUAAUAGGCGGUUCGGGAUUAGACGAUCCGGAUAUUUUGAAGAACAGAAGAGAAAAGAAAGUAUCGACACCGUUUGGCGAUCCAUCUGAUGCACUCAUAUUGGGAGAAAUAGAUGGUGUGCAGUGUGUGCUUUUAGCUCGACAUGGCAGAAAACAUAGUAUUAUGCCCAGUAAUAUUAAUUACAGAGCAAACAUUUGGGCAUUGAAGGAAGAGGGAUGUACUCAUAUCCUAGCAACAACUGCUACAGGCUCCUUGAAAGAACAAAUUAAACCAGGUGAUGUAGUUAUUUUGGAUAACUUCGUUGAUAGGACAUAUAGCCGGAAACAAACAUUUUUUGAUGGAGAACCUAACCAUCCAAUUGGAGUAUGUCAUUUACCUAUGGAACCCGCUUUUUGUGAGAAAACCCGAGAAGUGUUACUGGAAGUUACUAAGGAACUAAAUAUUUUUGUGCAUGAGAGAGGGACCGCAGUUACUAUUGAGGGACCCAGGUUUUCUUCUAAAGCUGAAAGCAAGAUUUACCGUUCCUGGGAUUGUGAUCUUGUUAAUAUGACAUGUGUUCCUGAAGUAGUGCUAGCAAAGGAAGCUGCUAUUUGUUACGCGUCAAUAGCAUUAGCUACUGACUAUGAUUGCUGGAAAGAAACAGGCGAGAAGGUUUCAGUGAGUGAGGUACUGAAAACUUUCAAGGAGAAUGUUGCUAAAGUUACCAAUAUUCUAACAUCUGCAGUUCCAAGAAUUGCUCAACAAAAUUGGGAUUCGACCCUAACCGAGAUGGCUAAUGCUGUUCGGAAUAGUGAUAUGUUGAAAUAAUGUGAAAAAUAAGGCACUGUUAUGAAAAUGUUUUGAUUUAUAUCCCUAACCUAAAAUUUUUGACAUGGAGAUGUUGAAUAAAUUUCUUAUAAAUGUU